GCCACCUCCUCGCCUCUCGCGGCCUCACCCUUCAAACGCCGCCGCCGCAGCCGCAGCCGCCGCUCCUCUCUUCGUUCUCGCUUCCCUUUCUCUCCGGGAGAUCAGUAGUCGUUGUUGUGGUGUUCUCCAUCCGCCGCCACCAUGCAGAACGAGGAGGGUCAGAUGGUGGACCUCUACGUCCCCAGGAAGUGCUCGGCCACAAACAGGAUCAUCACCGCCAAGGACCAUGCCUCGGUCCAGAUCAACAUUGGGCAUGUGGAUGAGAAUGGGCUGUACGACGGCCGCUUCACCACGUUUGCUCUCUCUGGGUUCAUCCGUGCUCAGGGAGAUGCUGACAGUGCACUGGACAGGCUGUGGCAGAAGAGGAAGGCCGAGAUCAAGCAGCAGUAGUUUUACCUGGAAGAACUCGUUUCCAUUUCAUGCCUCUUAGCUACUUGAUACAAUGCAUGCGAUUUCGGCUGUUACUUUAAAAGCAUAGGACUUGUGUGACUUUGUCGGUUUAUCGUGAUCAUGUUUUACUCGCGUUGAAGCAUUUGUUUCUUGA